CUGCUCAAAUAGACAAUUUAGAAUCAAAUUCUAUAGUAAGGCAUGAAUGCAUGAUCGAUUAAUAUUGGAUAAGUUUCUUUACAAACUGAGCUCGAAACUCUGUUUUUACAUGCAUGAUUGUUUAGGUUUCGAAACUCUGUGGCUGUUACAUCUGUGCCCGAGGUCAGUCAACGGCGGCGGCCAUGGUGGAGACGGCAGCGUCGAGGUUCAAGAGUGUGUGCGUGUUCUGCGGCAGCAGCGCAGGGAAUCGCGACUGCUACCGCGACGCCGCCUUGGAGCUCGGCCGGGAACUGGUGACCCGCAAGGUGGACCUCGUGUACGGCGGCGGCAGCGUCGGGCUCAUGGGGCUGGUCUCCCGCACCGUCCACUCCGACGGCGGCCACGUCGUGGGGAUCAUCCCGCGGUCGCUCAUGGCGAGGGAGAUAACAGGGGAGACGUUCGGGGAGGUGAGAGUGGUGGCUAACAUGCACCAGCGGAAGGCGGAGAUGGCCCGUAGCGCCGACGCCUUCGUGGCGCUGCCCGGCGGGUACGGGACGCUGGAGGAGCUGCUCGAGGUCAUCACCUGGGCCCAGCUGGGCAUCCAUACCAAGCCCGUCGGCCUGCUCAACGUCGACGGUUACUUCGACUCGUUUCUGGCGCUCGUCGACAAGGCGGUAGCCGAGGGCUUCAUUGCGCCUCACCAGCGCCGCCUCUUUGUCUGCGCCGCCGACGCGCGGGGGCUCCUCCAGGAGCUGGAGGAAUACGUGCCGGUUGAGGACGCGGUGGCGAGUAGACUCGCCGCCGAAUGGAAGGCGUCGGAGAUCUAAUUCUCAUUAAUCAACCGCAUGCCGCAGAAUCCAUCAAUAAACAAAACCUUCAGACUGUUACCCAUUUUAAUAAAAUCCUGUACGAGGGAAUCGAUCACCCUUUUGGAUUAAGAAUAUCCAUUUCUUCAAUUUUAUGUUCCAGUUGACAAGUCAGUGAAUAAGUUUGUAUUUUCAGUACUAAUGCAUGUAUCAUUUCUUUCCAAACAUUCAGUUAUAUUUGCAGAUGAUUACAAGUACUGGAUACAGAAUUGACUGUGGAUUUAAUCUCGUAGAUGUUCAUGAAGGAACUAUGUUUGAAAUCCCAAAGGUUCCUGUUUGCUGGAAUAAUGUUUACAGCGAGUAAUAGCUGAUUGAUCUUGAGUUUUCUAGUACUAAUUACCGCCGUUCACCAUUUCGACUCCGGUGGUGUCUUCCUUCCCCUUCUCCGGCUCCGCCGUUUGCUUUUGCUCCCCGAAGAGCUCCUGCAUCUCCUCCAGCGUCCUGCCCCGCGUCUCCGGC